AAUUUCUCCAAAUUAUCCACUAUCUUGCUCAUUCAACACAAUCAUGGCGCCAGGACUGGCAACAGACCUCCCUAUCCACUCGCAUCCAUCCUCCGGAGAUGCCAAACUCAACCAACCACAGUAUCCCACUCCCUUGAAACCCAGCGGCGCCUUGGACAAGUUCACCUUUGAAGAAACCACCCCCGUCAUCGGCCGCGAAUAUCCCACCGUCAACAUUGUCGAUGAUCUCCUCAACGCGCCCAACUCCGAUGAGCUCGUACGCGACCUAGCCAUCACAAUCUCCCAACGCGGCGUCGUCUUCUUCCGUGCCCAAAGCAACCUCACCGACGACCUCCAAAAGACCCUCGUCCAACGUCUCGGCCAACUAACCGGCAAACCCUCCACCUCGACCCUCCACAUCCACCCGGUCCUCAACAACAUCAGCGAAUUCGGCGUCUCCGAUGCCCAAAUCAGCACCAUCAGCUCUCUCGCCCGCAAGAAGAUGUUCGUCCACGACCGUCAACCCGACCAACGUCGCUACGACUCCGCCCAAUGGCACUCGGACAUCCAAUUCGAGCCCGCCCCCGCAGACUACACCUCCCUGCGACUGACCCAGCUCCCCAGCAGCGGCGGCGACACGCUCUGGGCCUCCGGAUAUGAGAUCUAUGACCGGUUUUCCCGCAAGUACCAAGAAUUCUUUGAAGGGUUAACCGCGACCUUCGUGGGUGAUGGAUUCAUCCGAGCCGCGGAAAGGAAUCCCACCCAAGUCAAGAUUUACACGGAGCCGCGGGGGAGUCCGUUGAAUGUGGGGAGGGAGUUGUCGGCCGUGCAUCCGAUUGUGCGGACUAAUCCGGUGACAGGCUGGAAGAGUAUUUUUGCUCUGGGGCCGUUUCCGAAAUAUAUUAAUGAGUUGAGUGCGAGUGAGUCGGAGGAGUUGUUGAGGAGGUUUAGGGCGGUGAUUACCGAGAAUCAUGAUUUGCAGGUUAGGUUUAAGUGGAGGAAUGAGCAUGAUAUUGCUAUUUGGGAUAACAGAAGUGUGUUCCACAGCGCCACGUUCGACUACGAAGGUCUUGGCGAGAGAUUUGGACAUCGGGCUGUCGGAAUUGGGGAAAGACCUUACUUGGACCCGAAUAGUCAGUCAAGGACGGAAGCGUUGGCUGCUAAGGGAUUUUCGGAUUGAUUGAUUGAUUGAUUGAUUGAGAACAUCGAGAUAUAAUGACAUUUCAGCUACGUUUCUCGCAAAUUCUCUUUGCACAGUUGUGUGCAAGUACAAUGCAAUGA